GGUGGUGGAUGGAAUAAACAAAGUCUUAAAAGUGCAGAUGCAGACCGCAAACGGUGCGUAAAAACUGCAAAUUUGGUCCAUCAUUUCAGAAACCCAUCACCCUGCCUGAACCAAAUACAUGAAGCAUAUACUCUUUCUGCCUGCAACUAAACAUCAUCAUCCAUCCAUGAUUCGUCUUUUGCAUCUCCUCCUCUGCAUCCUCCUAGCUGCUUCCUUCAUUCUUAUAUUCUGUGAGUUUCUCAUCUAUUACUUUGUCGCUAUUCAUUGCUCUUGGCCAGAGCUGAUACCUCACGGCAAUGGAGAAGCGCAGAGACUCGAAGAGACCCAGUACGUUGAACCUCUGCAUGUCAUGUUCCUGUCAGACACUCAUCUGCUUGGGACGAGACAUGGGCAUUGGUUUGACAAGCUACGCAGAGAAUGGCAGAUGAAGCGUGCAUUCCAAACGGCUCUGACCGUCGCCAAUCCACAGGCUGUGUUUAUUCUUGGUGAUCUGACGGACGAAGGACAGUGGGCCAGUAAUCAGGAAUUUAGCGAUACAGUGAAUCGAUUCCACAAAAUGUUUCAAGUCCCAGAGGAUGUUGAGUUCCAUGUUGUCGUUGGCAACCAUGAUAUCGGAUUCCAUCAAUCUGUCACAAGAGAUAAAUUGAGACGCUUCCAGGAAGUCUUUGAAAUCCCACCAGUCAAGGUCCUCACAAUCAAAGGAGUAAACUUUGUCUUAGUGAACAGUAUGGCAAUGCAUGGUGAUGGUUGCUUUAUGUGCAGCCUUGCUAUGGAUCAACUUCUUGAGGCAUCGGAACAACUGAACUGCACUCGCUUUGGCUCACCGUCAGGAACGAAGGAAGAUAAUCAAGAAGCAAAAAACAGAUGUCAGAAGUACAAGACGCUACCAAAUAUAGCUCCGAUAUUACUACAGCAUUAUCCUCUGUACAGGUCAACGGAGGCUGUAUGUGAAGGACCAGACGCCCCCUCGCUGGAAGAACAAAAGGAAAAGAACAUAGAGAGAUAUGACGUCAUCUCUAAAAAGGCCUCCCAACAGUUAUUAUCGUGGAUUCGGCCCCGGAUGAUCCUGAGUGGCCACCGCCACCAUGGUUGCUACGUCCUUCAUCCUGGUGGUAUCCCUGAGCUUUCUGUUCCAUCGUUCAGCUGGAGGAAUCGUAACAACCCAAGUCUAAUCAUGGCCACGAUAACACCAAAGCGUUUGGAGUAUAACAAGUGUUUCAUACCCCAGGAGUCAACCGUUAUAAGCGUCUAUAUUUCCUUUGGCGUCCUGAUGCUGGUCUGGGUCGUCAUUCUGAUAUUCUACAAAUGUGGGAAGAGAUUCAAGAUUCAUGGGAUGUAAAUCCAUCUGAGAGUGGACCUCCAGUGUCUAAAGCUGUGUUCCCAUUGGAAUUUUUUUUUUUUUUUUUUUAAAGAGCCAAUAAAGGAUGAUCUCAAUAUUUCAACUUUUACCUUUUUAUGACCAAAUAGUCAUCGUAGAUACCGGUUAUAACCAUUUUACUCUCAAAAUUUGCAUUCAGU